CGCGCAUAUGGCGAACCUGCGCUGUUCUGCUUCAUGAACUUCCAGAUGGCAGCUUGCGUUCCGACGAUGGCGAUUUUCCGAGCGAAAGAAGGGGGGCAAAAAACCUGGGAAUUUCGCGCUGUGUUGAGGUGUUGGUGGGAGGGAUUACUACAUGCAUCCCCAGUAAGAGUCCACGCUGUGUUUGGUAGCUGCUUUGACUUUUCUUUCGGGCUCCUGAAGCGCAUGGAUAUACGAGUAUCCCCAAACUGCUGGUGUGCAUACCGCAGACGAGCAUCACUACUUCAGACUUGAAACCUGUUUCCUGCUGCGCUCUACUGUAGAUUGAAGUUUCAGAUUUGGAAUACAACAGGCUUUCUUUUACUUUACCUGGAGUUUUUCGCCGCGCUGUUUUAAUAUAGAUAUAUACAAUUAAACGCAAAUAUAGCUGAAGACAUGAUGCGCAAAGUUCAGUGCAGCUGUCUGCUGCUGCUGUGUUUGACAGCGAUCGAUCACUGUCACGGCGUCACGCAGAGUUGCAUAGAGAGACACCAGGUUGUGGGCGUGCUGCGCCAGAUGGAGAAGUUUCUGAAGGGACAGGAGAUGCGAUUCACUGAAGGGCUCCGCGCUAUGAAGUCCAAGUUGGCUGCCUUGCAGAACUCCGUCUCCAGGUUUCCCCAGGCAGACCAGCACGCAGCACCCUCGAGUUGCCCGUCUCUUGAGGCACCAGCCCACGGAAGGAAGUUCGGCACCCGAUACCUGGUAGGGCACGAGGUUCAUUUCACAUGCGACCCCGGCUACCACCUGGUUGGGUCAGCCACUCGGGUCUGCCAGGAAAACGGCAGCUGGAGCGGGCUGACUGCUCUCUGCAGAGAUGCCAACAGGUGUGCCAGUAACCCUUGUCAGAAUGGAGGAACCUGUGUGGAGGGAAUCAACCAGUACAAGUGUACCUGUCCUCAGAACUGGAGUGGAUCCCACUGUCAACACCAAACCCAGACAGCGCCCCCCGAGUGGAGCGUGAUGAACGACCCGGCUUUCAGCAGGAAGCCACGAUGUGCCAAGGUGGACCGGGCCCAGCACUGCAGCUGUGAUGCCGGCUUUCACAUGAGCGGCACCUCCGACAGCAGCAUUUGCCAGGAUGUGAACGAGUGCGAGGUGUACAAGGUGGAGAGGGGCGGCAAACUGUGCGCGCACGCCUGCGUCAACAUCCCUGGCUCGUACCGCUGCUCUUGCCCCGCCGGAUACAGGUUGCUGCCGGAUGGACGGAGCUGCGAGGAUGUGGACGAGUGCCUGAGCCAGCAGCACAACUGUACACGCGGCACCACCUGCAUCAACACCGGGGGGGGCUUCCAGUGUGUCAGCCCAGAGUGCCCCCAUUCCCAUGGCAACGUCAGCUAUGUCAGGACAUCGCCCUUCCAAUGCGAGAGGAACCCCUGUCCCAUGGAAAGCCGCUCCUGUCACCUAGCUCCCAAGACGGUCUCCUUCCACUACCUGUCGCUGCCCUCCCAGCUGCAGACACCAGCCACGCUCUUCCGCAUGGCCACAGCGGCACUGCCGGGCCGGUCCGGCCCAGACAGCCUCCGCUUUGGGAUCGGGGGGGCCGCCAGUGCCAAGGGCCUGUUCAUCAUGCAGCGCUCCGACCGCCAGACCGGCGAGCUGAUCCUGGUGCAGUCGCUCCGCGGGCCGCAGGACAUCGCCGUGGAGGUGGACAUGUCUGAAUACGCGGAGCGUGUCUUCCAGGCCAAGCAUGUGGCCAGGGUGCACAUCAUGGUCUCCCCAUAUGAGUUCUGAGCCUCUGUCGCGGGACAGGAAGAAAACAUACAGAGUUCCACACUCUCCCCCUCCUAUCCAAUCCUCCCCCCUCCCCCCGGCCAGACAAUUCAACGACACUGAAGAACCGUUAGGCCAAGCACAAGGCAGGUUAAGGGCCAUUCUUGAGAGCCGGACUGAAACUGGACAUAAACCAAAGACCACAGGCAGGAAUUCUGGUGGCAGCAGCAAGGUAAAGCAGACAUCGAUACGAAGCGGCAAGAGGGAAAAAAAACUCAGAGGAGGAACACAAAGAAACUAAUGAAUGUAAAAACGAGGGGAGAAAGACCUUUGUUUUCCCCCCUCGGAAUCAGUCUUUGAUUAGUUCGGGAGUGGCCCCUGGGGUUUCCAUAGCAACCCAAAGCUCUCCCUCCAAAUGCACACUGCUCAGAUCAGACAUGUGACAUGGGGAUCGGCAGCAGCCUAAGAUUAAAACCAAACCUCCCCGGCCCCUUUCCUUAUAUUUAUCUGAAUAUUUUGUUUCUCCUUUUUUUUUUAACUUCAGCGUAAUGUUUAUUGCUCUUGUAUUUUGUCACAUAUUCCUUUAUUUUUCUGUCAUGCUACCCAGAUCAUACAUGCUUCUUAAUUUAAGUUUUUGGAGGUCAGAUGUGUGGCUGUUCUUCAGCCCCUUUCUGAGUGAUGAGUAUGUUACUCCAGUAUGACGAGUAUGUGAUGAGUAUGUUACUCCAGUAUGAUGAGUAUGUGAUGAGUAUACUCUAGUAUAAUCACAGCAUUCAGCCUAGCGCGGUAUAUAUCAGGUAUAUAACCUCAGUCUCUUUCUGCCUUAUUACUGAGUAUUUAUCUUUUUUGCACAUAAAUGUUUCUAUGUACAUGAAGUAAAGUCAGCACUGUAGUCGUCUCCUUUUCUACACAAAGAUCAGUGUUUUUCUUGUCUUGGGCAUCCUGCCUUUCUGUCCAUGUCUGCCUGCUUUUAAUAAACAGCUUGUUGUUA